UCCUCGCGGAACUGGCAAUUUUGCGAGGCGCAGGCGCAUUCCGAAGCUUUUCUCGAGUCGGAAUCCCAGAAAGUGUCGCGAAAAGCAGCGAAAAGGAAGGAGAGGAGAAGAGACGGCGCGGGCUUACACGACAGAGAAAGAGAACAGACGGUUGCGGCCAGUUGCGGCGGAGAGCGUGGUACCUUUGCGUGCCGCUCGAGGAAGGUUCGGCCGUGUCUUCCCGUUGUAACCUGUCACCCACGAUCAAGGAAGUCGAGGUCGACACACAGCCAGCCCGAGCUAACACCACCGACAGAGUCCUCGCGCAGACCAACAAAAUGUCCAAGUCCGAACAAGUCUUGAUGAUCGAGCCGCCGAGCGAGCUCAGAUUCAGAGGCCCAUUCACAGGAAAUUCGGUUAUGUCGUACUUAAAGCUGACGAACCCAACAGAUCGCAAAGUAUAUUUUAAAAUAAAGACAACUGCACCAAAGAAGUAUUGCGUCAGACCUAACUCUGGAUGUCUUUUACCGAAGGAGGUUACUGAAAUUGCAGUUUGUCUACAAGCGCAAGAAUUUGAACCUUCGGAUAAAAACAAGCACAAGUUUAUGGUCCAGACAUUAAUAGCUCCAGAAGGUGAUACGGAUGAUAAUGUAUACGACUCUGUGUGGAAAUCAGCAAAGCCGAACCAACUAAUGGACUCUAAGCUGAAGUGUGUGUUUGAAAAUCCCGUGGACCCUACCAACACAACCGAACACACCACGAAUGCAAGCGUCACGCAAUCUGGUGCCAAUGCUGCCAACGGCAAGAACAAGGGAACCGGGGAUUCGGUCAAGUCUUCUCCAAAGCCGGCACCGGAGGUCAGCAAGGAACUCGAGAAAGCAGCCUUGGUCGUUCAGCAAUUGAGAAUCGAAGAAAGCAACCUGAGGCAAGAAAAUAUCCAGUUAAAGGAGGAGCUGUUAAAGCUGGGCAGCGCAAACCUGGAGACGGCUACGAGGGAUCAUCAACUGACGAGCCUGAUCUCGCACAGUGGCGGCCUCGCCUUCGAUUCGCCGACGUUCACAGUGGCAGCGGCGGUCGCCAUUUUGGUACUCGGCUACCUCUUGGGGAAACUAAUCUGAGCAGCUUCUAUUCUGCGCGAUACCACGUGGCGUCAACCCCCCCUCCUCCCCUCCCCCCCACCCACGCUCUCUGUCUCUAUCUGUCUCUCCCGCUCCUCCCCGUUCCCCGUCACCCUAUCUCUCUCUGUCUCCACGAUUUCGCAGCCCGUCUCUUCCCCGCGAACGCGACCGCCAUUAACUACGAUCGGAAGGAAAAGAUCGACUAGCGAGCACGAAACGAGGAGAACGCAACACGGAAUAGGGGAGGCCACUUCGUUAGUCCGGUUAACCGCCAUUGUUCACGAAUAAGCGUUAGUGUCGAUUUCUAUGCUAGUGGUCCGCAUGAAAAAAGCGAAACGUGCAAAAAGAUUAUUAACACGGAGACGUGUCUCCUAGUCCGGGGUCGCCGUCUUUAAGGCUAUGAGAAAGUGGCGUUGAAGAGAUCUCGUUUGUGAAAACUUUGGACCGAAUCGAUGUAAACUUUAGAAUAUCAAUAUGGCGGGUAUAAGGAGGAUCCUGAAACUCAAGAAAGGCGUGGAAUUUCAAAUGUAAAAAAAUUUGUUUCGUAGUCAUUUUUAAAAUUUCUUGUAAAAUAUGAAAUUUCAUGGAUGCCAGGGCCUUCCUUAUGGUCUCUACAUUCACGUUGCAGAGUUUCAACGAUUCGGUGCAUCCAGUUCGCAGUGAAGUCUCGUGAACGAUUAAUAUCUCCGAUGCCACUUUCAUGUCCCCUUAACUAAGCUCUCCUGUAAGGCCACGGGAGUUGCCACUAUUCGGAGUUCUAACGUAAAAAAAGUAUAUAUAUAUAUAUAUGUGUAUAAAUAUAUAAAUAUGUGUAUGAUAUUUGCCAAGCGAACACAGAGCAUCACCAAGGGUGUCGCUCGUCCACGUGUUUCUCUCUUUUUUUUGUUUUUUAUCUCGAUAUCUUCCGGUUUCGCCGACCUUGCUUUGGCCCGGACGAGGCCUCCGAUUCGUCCUCCAGAGAUUUUGUUGCUCGUUCUCUCCCUUUCUCUCUCUUAUCUCUUUUUAUCUAUCGCUUCGUGACGUUUCCCCCGUCCACGAAGCAAGCACAGACUCAUGGAGGGAUAUCUAUCUUUGUCGUGCGCGAGGGGCAACAAAAGGGCCGAGAAUUUGCAGUCACCUUUUCUUUUCCUCUGUAUCCCUGGUACCAUGUCGCCACUAGAUAAGUAAAUUAUUGAAUGUCAAUAAAAGCUAUACACAUGUA